UGAUGGCUGGAGUUCACAUAAAAUGUAACUGUUUUCAAACAGUUGUAUUCUGUUUCAGAGUCAGAUAUGGUUGUUUUGUUCGGUAGAGUGGGCAGAUUUGAGCACUUCAACUCGAUAUACUCUAUAUCGGUUUAAAUACUCGCGGUAUCGAGAUUUUGAAGAAUCGACAAAUUCGCACAGCGGUAUAAAUAUCACGGCACGACUUGAGACUGAGAGCUACCUGGGAUCGGGAAGACGUCUGUUGACUCACGGCAGGACUUCCAACAUUUCCUUAAAACUCCUUCUGUUCCAUUUUGUGGUGAAAAGGACGUGGGAAGCUCUAGGAAUAGUUCUGAAAUACUAUUGUGGGGUUCGUCGUCCACCGUACUCCAAGGUUCGACGUGUUCGUAGGCCACUCGUACUCGUACUAGUAGUAGCCUACUAGCUACUUCGUAGGCCAGAUGGACAUGUGUGGGCCCAGCCCACCACCCAAGGUAUCCAGACCAGAGGGGAUCAGUGGGCCUGGAACUGGUCCGUCACAGUCCACCACCAAAGCUGCUAUGGCUAACGAUGGACACAUGUGCAGUAACACAUUUAAACAUGGGCACAGUGGCUUAGCUGUUGGGACUCUUAUCUCAUCUCCAGUAUGUCCAACGAGAUCCUCGCCCUCUGUCGUCAGGGAUCUGAUCAGUGUCCACCUCGGCACCACUGAGGCCAGUACAUCCCUGACUGGCCCAGGCACCAUGACCACCAAGCCGCUGGACCUGUCUCUGGAGAGCCCCUCGAUCAUGGGGACUCACUCCUUGCUGGGAACUGGCAUCAGCUCGGGACACGGGGCACCAAACACCAGCUCGGAGUCGGGGAUGAAUGCUGCUGCUUCUCAUCCUUUCAUCACUUCCACUCACCAAUGCGGCUCAGCCAGGCCCCUCUCGUCAGCCCCCCACCCUUCGCAGUACAGCUCCCUCUUUCCCACAAAUGAUGCGACCAACAACAGCAGCAGCAGCAACAGCAGCAGUAAUAGCAGCUCCAGCAACGGCCCCUUCCCGGUCCUUCCAGUGCGGCUGGAGAGUAACCUGCUGGCCAGCCCCGCCGGCCAAACCCACAGCUCCGUGCUGCUGCCCCAUGUCUGCAAGUGGAACAGCUGCGGCCAGCGGUUUGCCGAGAUGGAGGAGCUGGUGAGCCACGUCAAUGAGCGGCAUGUGGUGCUGGUAGAAGGGGAGUACUGCUGCAAGUGGGAAGGCUGCAGCAGAAAAGGCAAAGGUUUCAAUGCAAGGUACAAGAUGUUAAUCCACGUCCGAACACACACAAACGAGAAGCCCCACCAGUGUCCAAUAUGCAACAAGUCCUUCUCGCGGUUGGAGAAUCUCAAGAUACACAACAGGUCGCACACAGGUGAGAGGCCUUAUGUAUGCCCGGUAGCAGGCUGCAAUAAGCGUUACUCCAACUCGAGUGACCGCUUCAAGCACACACGUACACACCUGGAGGAGAAGCCAUACUUCUGCAAAGUAGCUGGCUGCGACAAACGUUAUACCGACCCGAGCUCGCUGCGGAAGCAUGUCAAGACCUUCGGGCACUACACCAACCGUGACCACCUCAAUCAUUUCAUCUCCCAGAAGGCCGCGAACACAGCGGCGCCAUCCAGCAAACCUGUCGCCCGCAUCUUGCCUGCCAAACCUACACCUGUCUCACUGUUCCAGCCCGUGACAGCGGUCCCCCCAACAAGCAACAUGACGGGACUUCCUGAGGGGGUGAUCGUCUACCCGAUCCUGGUUCACUCACCCUCACUGCAACCCCACUACAGCUAUGUCACGCUGCCAGGGCACCUGUCAGACCUGGCUGGGAACACCUCACCGACCUUCUCUUCUGCGGGGCUGCGAAAUGACGAGGCUUCAUCCAAGGAUGGCAAAAAGUUGGUGGCAGCGGAAGGAUCUUUCCGCCUCAGCCAGGAUGUUGUCGCCCAGAGAAAUGUAGGAAUGGAGGCCAAGAGUGAAGGCCUAGCGAGUAGUUAAUCCUGAAACUUGAACUUCCUGUUGAAUGGGAGUGAACUCCUUAUGCAUACAAAUCCAACUUGGUCUCUGAUGAGUUGUUACCACGCACCAGAACAGACCGUGUUUCUGUCUACCAAGGAUCGGAAAUGCGAAACUUUUUUUUUGGAGACAUAUCCACCCUCUGUGCCCUGAGUAGUGUGCCAGUAGGGUUUUGGUGAGAGGGGCAUCUAAGACUAUUGUAGACAUGCCUAUUUCCUUUUGAAAAGUGUGCAUGAGCAAUAAAACAUGGCAAAAUAUAUGCCUUGGCUUUCAAUUGGAAUCAUGGGCGGAGAUUUCUUGUCACAUGGGGGGGGGGGAGAUGAUUUCUCAGAGCUCAGCACGGCCUCCAUCCCAGGUGAGAAGGCUAGUCUGGGGUGCCCACUUUUUAAAGGCUGACAAUGUACCCUGUGUGCUUCAAAAAUGUCCGGUGUUCUGGAUCUCACUGCGUACUUAAGACCUUUCACAUUCAAGAGUCAAAGACUGCUAGCUCUUUUAUUUGCAAAAUUUGUAUGUCUGUUUUUUUCCCCCUUUUUCAGUCUCAUGUAGCCAAUCAGAGUUAGCAUAAGUGAUAUUAGCACAGUUAAUGUCAUGGUGAGCAUAGGCUUAAAGCAAUUGUGUACUUGUAUUUCUUCAAUAAGGGAAGAAAGACCUUUUGGCUCUUUGCACAAGCAUGCAUGCAGCUGUACCAAAGAGAAAGUUGUUUGAUGAUAGACACAUUGCUGCCAUGUAGCUGGUGUCCUUACAGUCAUGUAACAAGUUUGUGCACAUUCACAUGAAAAUUAGGUUAUCAUACUUACUGCCGUAUGCAAACAAUACAGUGUGCAGAUGCUGUGUGUAAUACUACAUACAGGAACUUCUGAGCCAUGUCUGUGUGGGCAUUGAGUUUGUUCAUGUCUCAACAGUAUCUACAGUUUCUGUGCACUCAGUUGGAACUUGAGCACAUCAAUCAUGGGAGGAAACAGAGCAGAUUGUGCAUGCAUGCUGCUGCAACUUCACAGUCUCAAAUACCAUCUAUCAAAAUUAAAGAUGCUAGUCCUGCAGUGGCCUGAUUACAGGCUUUUCUUUUCAACCGUAGGAUAACUGUUCAUGCUUCGUUAUCCUGAGUGCCUGAGCUGUGAAAGAAGUCUGUUACAGUUACAGAUGUGCAAAGCAUUGUGGGUCACUUUUUGCCUAGUCCAUACAUGUUCAUUCAGUAUGCAUAUGUCACGUGCACUCGGAAGGUAUUGUUCAAGUGAACUCUAUCCAGUGGGAGCUCAACAACAGCUAUGCGGUAUAUCUUGAAAUAUCUGCCCUUCCUGGUGCCCUGUAAGGGCAGAGGGGACUAGUGAAUGUUCAUGCGUGAAAAUCUCUCCUGCUAAUCUGAAAUUUCGGGCAAGAACACCAGAGUCCACUUGACUUCCCUGCAUACUGACUCCAUCAAGAAACCUUCCUGGUACUUGCAGCUGUGUAAAUAAGAGCCAUUAUCAUAAACCAUAUUCAUUUCAGCCCGUUUUCAUCCUUCUCCAAUCCUACAGGUUUUCUUGGCUUUGCUUUUUUUUACUUGUACUAUACCUGUACCAAACUUUUGAAGUGUAUUUUUUUAUCUACAACUUUUUUUUCUCAACCAACAGAGCAACACUAUUUUCUCAUGUCAAAAAACUGACUUGUACAUAAAAUGAUUAUGCAUUAUGAUAUAUAAUGAGUACUGCUAUUCCAUAGACCAGUAUUAAUGCACUCUAUUUUAGCAAGUUCAAAUUAAUUGUUAUGCACAUGUAUGUAAAUGUGAACAUGGGCAGGUGGAGUUGGCUCCCCUGCCCAGUAUUGUUAUUGUUGUAAAUGUGAACAUGGGCAGGUGGAGUUGGCUCCCUGCCCAGUAUUGUUAUACAGUUAACAUAAGUGCCUCUACUGUACAAUCAAAUAUUGGAGAAAAAAGGAACUUUUGCUUCUUUUGAUAUAUGAUAUUGAUUCGUGAAGAAUGAUUGGAGGAUAUAUUGUACUUUGAUGUAAGAUUGUGUUGAUAAAGCAAACGGCAUUUGUGGUUGUGCUUCAGCGAGUACCAAAUCUGGAACCUACAAGGGAAUUGGGUGACUGUUGUGUGCACAUCAGCUGCACGAGAGUAAAACUGUAAUCUACCGUGCCAAAACAUGGCUGAUAUUGUACCUUUGUAAUCCAAGAAACAGGGUGACACUGUUUAUUUUUUCUUUGGGUUUCAUUGGUGUGGUUUGGUUUUUAUUUUAAAUGGUUCCCUUGGAAAUUCAUAUAUUGGAUUGUGAAGAUGUAAAAAUUCAGACGUGCAGUGCCUGUUGCUGUUUGCUUUCAGUGUAUUUUUCAAAGCCUAUUUCCUCUGUGGAAACCUUUCAAGCUGGUAAAAUGAAAACGAACAGAGAGAAACGUGCAGUAGAAUUUCACAAAAUAGUGGUCUAUGAUGUGCCCAAUGAAGGUUUGGGUUCUCUGGUUGUUUCAAUGCUUGUACAUGAACCCAACUGAAUUAGGACACAAAACUGUCUCGGCGACAGCAGACUUUUUUUUGACAGAGUUUGUCAGAAACACUAAGCAUUCUGCUAAAAGUCUGCUGAUAUGAUAAGCAUUAAGUCUGGCUGUAUCAGACUGGUACAUAUGCUCAGCAUGCCGGACAUGUACGUGCCAGGAUGAGCUAGCCAUCUGAACAAAUUCCAGUUUGAAAUUUGCCUCCACUUCCAUAGAUAGUUCCCUCAAAUUGAGGUCUUUGAUUAAAUACAGUAAGUAAAGGUUAAAUGAGUCAGAGGCUGGGGACUCUUACCAGUGAUAUUCCUACAGUGUUGUAGCAAGGAAUCGCAAAGGUCUGUGAUCUUCCAGGAACUAUUUUCCACAUUAGCAAGAACUCAGGAGGUAUGAGUACAUUGUAUAGAAGAUAACAUGUACAUGUACUACAUUUAGUCUGGCUAGUCAAGCAUAGAAUCCCCCGGAAGUAUUUAUUUCUUUCUCUUGUUAAACUUUGGGUUUGGGUUACUCUACAAUGUACAGAGAUACCAGACUUGCCAAGACGUAAUCUUAAAAAAUGUGAAAUAUUAUUUAUUAUUAUGUCAAGAUUCUAAGUAGAAAAAAAGUGUUUUGUUUGAGACAUGUAGUUGUCUGAACCCACAAUUUUUUUAAAUGUAAAUCAAGAUGUCUGUAGCAUUAGUUGAAGCUUGUUGAGGUUAAGUGCUCUAGUAAAGUCUGUGAAAAGAUUGUGAUCAGUGAACAUUUCCUGCUUUAAGCCUUAUUAGAUGAUUAAAUUCCUUGUUUGAAAAUGA